CCACACCUCCCCAAUCUCUCCAGAUUUGCGGAGUAUUUACUCCACAAAUCCAACGCUCCCCAAGAAGGACCCUUUGUGCACUGUGCAUGCGGAGCAGCCCCUAAGUCGGCUUCCCCAUGGAAAGGAACAGACAACCACAAGACCAAUACAUCUAACCUGGUAAACCCACAAUUCCCCGGGUUUUCUUUAGUUUGCGGGGUACAAAGUUACGAGAUACCGACACUCCCCAAGAAUAACAUUUCGUGCACUAUGCAUGCAGAACCACCGCCCCUCAAUCAGCUUCCCCGUGGGGAAGGAUAGACUAGUGUUUGCUUAUUUUUGACGAACCUUCUCAAAUUCGACCUCAGACUAAGCGUUCGACAUCGGAAUAAGUAUUUAAAGUCCAACAAUCUACUCUCUUAGGACAGCUCUUCCUAUUAUCAUCGCAUCCUACAGUCUCAUUUCCACAAGCAAAAUCGACCAUCUCUAUCUAUAUGCUAUCAAACACUAUGCAUUACACCCAGCUCAUCAGCGGCCUGUUUUUACUGCCAUCCAUCCUCUCGACAUCGGCCUGUGUCACUCCAAACCCAACUCCAUCUGCAUUUACAGACUUUAACGAUAACAUCCUGUUCUUUCCAGCUGCCACCGCCGUGCAAUGGAAGACUCUCUAUGCACGCUCUCUCCAGCUUCCAGAUGAAUCUCUCCUCAUGACAUGGGAGAACUACCCAGCAGAACCUCCCUUGGUCACCCAUCCCAUCUACAAAUCAGUGGAUGGAGGCGCAACCUGGUCCAACUUCUCGGCUAUCACAGACAAGGUCAACGGCUGGGGUAUGCGCUUCCAACCGUUCUUAUACACUCUGCCUCAAGCGUUCGGCGGAUAUGCCGCUGGUACAAUACUUGCUGCAGGCGUUUCCACCCCAUUUAGUCUGACAGGCGGAGUCUAUAUUGACCUUUACGUCAGUCAAGACAAUGCGCAAACCUGGAACUUUGUCAGUCACAUCGCCUUCGGGAAUGGCCCCGAGGAUAUCACCAGCGGCCAUGCAGCGAUCUGGGAGCCCUUCCUCAUGAUGUACAACGGCCAACUGGUGUGCUACUUCUCUGAUCAACGUGACUCAGCACAUUCCCAAAAAUUGGUACACGUUACCACCAAUGAUCUCCACACCUGGUCUGCCCUAGUCAACGACGUUGCCUAUUCUGCAUAUAAUGAUCGACCCGGCAUGACCACCGUCGCGCACAUCGAGUCUACAAACCAAUACAUCAUGACAUACGAGUACUGUGGUUCAGGAAAGUGUGCAGUGUAUUACAAGACCGCUGCAAAUCCCCUCAACUUCAACUCGGCGACAGGCAUUGCUCUUGUCGGGAACAAUACCAACCACAGCGUUCCCUACGGCUCCCCUUAUGUCAUCUGGACUGCCAACCCAGGAAAGAGCGACGGUUCAGGCGUGAUUAUUGCCAGCGGUGGCUCUCAGGAACCGGUUUUCAUUAACAGUGAUAAUGCUGACCCACAAGGAUGGAAGGUUGUCGAUGUGGGCCAGUGGUCAGCUUACUCGCGUAGCUUGAGAAUCAUUACUGUGAAGGGCAAGAAGAAGUUGAUGUUUGGCAACGGAGGUAACAUGGGUGACCCAAGCUGCAACUCUGUUGCAAACGGUGUCAUUGAGGUUCCCUAUUAAACAUCCCUAUAUAUAAGCAGCAGAAGAUGCGACUAGCGUGUGGGUGAUCACACAUGUAGUUUAAAAUAGGAAG